GUCCUGCUUUCUUCCUACAUUUUCUUGGCUAUCUGUUCGGCUCAAAGGUUUGCCACAAUAGAAGAACUCCUCGCUCAACCGAUUCCAGAAGAAGCCAACAAGUUAACUGGCAAAGCCUUAGUGGAUUAUGUUAACAGUCGUCAGUCGUUUUUCAAGGCAAAAUAUUCUCCUGAAGCAGAACAACGUUUGGAGCACCUAAUGAGGCCAGAGUUCAUCAAAAAUGUCCGUGCGCUUUACAACGUCACGAAAGCUGAGAAACCAAUCCUUAAUGAUAUCAUUCCUGAAAGCACACAUAUGGCCGACAAACGGGCGCACAUGCUGUGAAAGUCGUUGGAUGGGGAGUUGACAGUUGGGAUGGCAAGAAGUACUGGAUCGUUGCCAACUCAUGGGGUAGCGAUUGGGGAGAAAACGGUUACUUCCGUAUCCUGCGUGGAGUGA